AUGGACGAAUACGAAACUUGUAUUCUUGGUUUGAAAAUUGCCAUCGACAUGAAUGUCCAGGAGCUAUUGGUUUUCGGUGACUCAGAUUUGUUGAUUCAUCAGGUUCAAGGAGAAUGGGCCGUGAAGAACCCGAAGAUUAAACCUUACGUACAGUUUGGGGUACUAGAAUCCAUUAUUACUGAUAGUGGUGCAAAUCUUAACAGUCACUUGAUGAGAGAUAUAUGUGAGCAACUCAAGAUUACUCACCGAAACUCAACUGGUUAUCGCCCUCAAAUGAACAGAGCUGUAGAGGUCGCCAACAAGAACAUCAAGAAGAAUCUAAGGAAAAUGAUUGACAAUCAUCGAUGUUGGCAUGAGAUGUUUCCAUAUGAUUUAUUGGGUUAUCGAACGACUGUCAGAACGUUUACUGGAGCUACUCCAUACUUGCUGGUAUAUGGAACAGAAGCAGUCAUACCGGUUGAAGUUGAGAUAUCGUCUUUGAGAAUCAUCCAAGAAGCAGAAUUAAGUAAUGCUGAGUUGGUCAGCAAGCUUAUUGAUCAGUUAACGUUGAUUGAUGAGAAGAGAAUGGUUGUCGUUUGUUAUGGACAAUUAUAUCGACAAAGGAUGAUUGGUGCAUUCUACAAGAGAGUAAGAGUUAGAAAUUUUGAAAUCGGCCAGUUAGUACUUAAGUGCAUUUUCCCACACCAGGAUGAGUACAAAGGAAAAUUUCCGCUUAAUUGGCAAGGACCCUACAUGGUUCGCAAAGUAUUAUUUGGAGGUGCUUUGGUCCUGUCAGAUAUGGAUGACACCGCAUGGCCGAAACUGAUCAACUCAGUUGUGUCAAGAGAUACUAUGUGUGAAUCUUAG